CUCAUAUCAGUAACGCUGGCACAGGUUUUGGACGUAGCUGAGCAGCUGCUUAGUGGGAAAAUGGCAAAGCGAGCCACCCAGUACGUCGUGGUGGAUGCGUUCGCGGGCGAGGCUUUCAAGGGCAACCCGGCGGCGGUGUGCCUCUUGGAGGACGAGGACGUCCAUGGCGCCGACGAGCGGUGGCUGCAGUCUGUCGCCGCGGAGUUCAACGCCCCCAUGACCGCCUUCCUCUCCCGCACCUUGAACGCCUCUUCAGCCGCGCCGGCGCCGCCGCGGUUCCACAUCCGAUGGUUCAGCCCCGCCACCGAGGUUGCGCUCUGCGGGCACGCCACGCUCGCCUCCGCUCACUUCCUCUUCACCGCCGUCCUCGUGCCGGCGCCGGAGGAGGACAUGAUGGCCGAGUUCGUGACAAAGUCGGGGAUGACCCUGGCUGCCAAGAAGGUUCCGGCACCGGUACCGGAGAAGAAGACGAAGGCGUUCAUCGAGCUGGAUUUUCCCAUAUGUGAAGUUCUCGUGGAUUGCACUGCUUCCGCUGGCCACGAGCUGCCGUCGUCCCUGUUUUUGAACGACGGGCUCAAGGUCGCCAGCGUUCACAGGACGUCAAUCACCGACGACUUUAUUGUGGAACUUUCUUCGGGCAAAGAGGUUGUGCAUGUCCUUCCAAACGUGGAGCAAAUGAAAAAAUGUGCCGGCAGAGCUGUUAUUGUGACGGGACAGGCACCUCCUGGAUCUGCUUUUGACUUUGUCUCACGUGUCUUUGGCCCAAAACUUGGGGUAGACGAGGACCUUGUUUGUGGUAGUGCACAUUGUGCUCUGGCCCCAUAUUGGGCUGGAAAGCUGGGCAAACAAAAACUGACGGCGUUUCAGGUAUCUAAAAGGAAUGGAACACUAUAUCUGGAGUUGGACGAUGCAAAUCGGAGAGUAAAAAUUCAGGGGGAAGCCGUUACUGUUAUGUCCGGGGCACUCCUAGCCUAACUAAGAUAGAUGUUAUUAACAUCUGUGCCACAAUAACCCAUAUCUCUUUGGUCUCUCUGUUGUUUUAUUUGUUUGGGCUUCUGUUUCAGUUUUUGAUGUUUCUAGUUCUAAAAAACACUUCUUCUGUUUACACGUGAAUAUAUGAGAAGCACGUCCGAAGGUGCUUCCCGCUUCA